GCCGGUGGAGGCCGCGCCCGCCCCUAGCGCGUGCAGACAAGAAUGUGGUCACUGCUUCUGGUCGCCCACCAUGCCCUGCUCUGCAGCGAUGGCUGAGUUUGAGGUUGACGUCAUGGGUCACGUGGUGUCGGAGGCACCGGAGUCGGGCCUGAAGCGUCCACCGGAGUCGGCCGACCCGGGCAGCAAGCGACCGCGUCCGGCCGAGUGGACCGAGGAGACGCCGCCGCCCUCGCCGCACGACUCCUCGUCCGACGCCAGCGACGACGAGUCGGACGAGGAGGAUGAGGACGAGGAGCCGGAGCGCGGCUACCAGGGCAGCAUCCUGGCGUCAUGCCUGCUGUCGGACAAGCGGACGGCGUUCGCGCCGGACGCCGAGCCGGCCUACAGCCCGGCGUGCGAGCUGGGCCGCGCCGGGCCCGCGUUCGGCGGCUGGUACCCGGACGGCGGCUUCCAGCGGCCGCAGAACCAGACGGUCGAGUGCGACGGUAAGAGCUACAUCCAGCUGGGUGCGGUGCCGCCGCGCCGCGAGCGCUCGCAGUUCUACCGGUACCAGCGCUUCACGGCUCUGCACGCCACCAUGGUGAAGCUCAGCCGACACCGGCGCAUGAUGGAUCCGCUGCUGCGCAAGUCGGUGCUGCUGUUCAACACGAUGCGCCACAUCGAGCGCGAGCUGGAGCAGGAGGGGCUGAGCCUGGCGGCCGCGUUCAACCCGCACCACUUCGACAGCGGCCCGCUGACGCUGGACCCGCCGCCCCCGCCGUCGCCACCGCCACAGUCACCGCCGCCUCCGCCGCCGUUGCCGCCGCCGCCGCCGGCGUUGACGGCAGGGCCGGCGUCGGACGAAAUUAACUGGGGCUCAGUGCUGAGCCUAGGCAGCCAACCGGAGCUGGAGCUACUGGCAGCAGACGGGGUGCCGCCCGGCUGGGCGCUGCCGCCGCUGUCGGCCGAGGACGUGCUGCGCUCGGUGCCGAACGAGCGGCGCGACGAGUCGACCGACGCUGUCGCCUCCCUGCUGGCACUCUAGCGUCGCGCCGUCCGCCGCCUGGCGCCGCCUCUGUGAUAUUGCGAGUACCUGGCCGGCCGGCAGGCGGCAGCACCGGCGGCGCUGCUCAAGGGGACUCACGCGGGCGAGCCCGUCUGUCAAAGCAAAGUACAAAUGGGCGCGGGCAGGGCCCCGGGUGGAGUCCGGGACUGGCCGGUCGAAGGUGGUGGGUCGGUGUAGGGCGGCGCGUGGAACGGUGACCGUGACAGGCCCAUUCCAGGCAACACUGCCCCUUCGGUGCCUCCCGGGGUGCACCAUCGUCACACAGCGUGCUCAAAUUCGUUGGCGUAGGGCGAGGCGCGACGGACCUGCCCAACGGGAGACUGGUCGGCCUCUACGGGCGGUCACGGAAAUCACAAAGCUAUAAUUCAAGCUAUUUAAUGCCUAGCAGUAUUUUGAAACAAGCAAAGUAGAUUUUCGUAUUAGUUUCAGGCGUCUGGGAAGCGACACUAACAAGUGCUGCCGAACCCCGCAACAGGCGGCAGAGCCCCGCCGCGGGUCCAGUGCCAAUAGCAACACGAGCUGGAUUUUCGUACUUCGUGACUUAUGGCUACGGCCGAAAGGAACUUGGCUGGCAACCAGCCGACACGCGCACGCAAUCUUUAGUUUUAUACUACGGUUAUCACCCCGUGAGAUGUCGGCACUGGCCGCCACGUAUUUAUUCAGUUGUCGGUCUGCUUACUCUGUCUCGUCGAAUGUCUCCACUCCAGUGUGUGAAAGAUGACUGCAAUUCGCAACGUUGGGUCUGCUUUACUUGCCAUGCCCACAUAUCUUAGUGUCGCUGCUUUUAUUCUUUUCAUCCGCACGCUAGCGGGAAAGAGGUCCGCUUCUGCCUAACGUCUCACUUUCUGCAUUUAUGGCGCAUCCUGAGCACCCGCGCCAGCAGUCAGAGCCGGACGGCGGUAGACGUAGGCAGGGGGCUGUGCAGAGUGACCGGUGGUGACGGAUACUCCGGUCGAUGGUGAAGUCGCCGCGUACGCGAGCACAAAUGGUGCUCAACGAGGGCCACAGCUACCGGCGGGUGAUUGUGUGCGCUGUAUGACUCCGGGCAAGCUCAACAGGCACCUGGGUGAAUUUCCAGGUGUUCACAUUCACAAGCGUUGUGACAGAACGCGAUUUCAAAUCAUCGAAGCAUCCAGAUUUAUAUCGUGUUUUGUACUAUUGUAAAUAUUUGUAUUCCAUUUCGGAAUAAACGUGAGUCAUGCAUA